GUAGCACGCGGGGGAGCGCAGCGUGUUGACGUCACAGACUUACGCGCCUCUGCUACAGCUCAGCAGAAGAUACCACAAUCAAUCAGCCAGUCAUCGGUGUGUGUCCAUGUUGCAGGUCCGCGUUGGAUAGCAGAUGUCCUGCGGCAAAUACAGAGGCGGGUCCGGAUGAUCGCUGCUGCUGCCUGCAUCGUCUUCUAACCUGUUCCGGUUCCCUUACUGCUGUCGUCUUUUAUUUCGUUUUUCUCUGAGUCCUCUCCUCCCUGAGCUCCGGGGGAUGGGGGAAUGAUCAGCACCGACUCCCCUCCUCCUGCCUCUCCUCCUUCAGUCGGCCUCCGUGUCCCCUGUCAGUCGUCGGAGCUGUGGCCAGGAUGCGGGCCCCGCUGCUCGGCCUGGCUGCGGUGUUUGCGGCCGUGUUGGCGCUGAGCACCUGCUUGACAGGAUCUCAGCUGUGCCCACGGAGUUUAGACUGUGCCCGAGCAGGACGACACUUCUGCCUGCCGGGCAGCUCACACUGUGGCCCCUGUCUGCGCCCUCUGGUGGAGAACUCCCAUGGUCGCUGUGUGGUCAAGAGGAGGCGUGUUCCUCACCCUGCUCAGUCUGUUACAGGUAAGGUGAGCACUUACCCUGAGCUGGAUGAGGAGAUCGACUUCCUCUCUGCCAUCAUCAGUGAACAGAGAACCGAGUCCAGGCUGCCAGCACCUCCCCCACAGGACGUCUCUAAAGCUAAACCUAAGCAGCUCAGUGUGCCUGGCCCUGCCCGCAGACCAUCUACUACAGCGCGGCCCAUGAACCAGAGCAUCCCCUUCACCAGUGUGGCUCCACCCACCACCGCCACCACAAACCACACGUCGGCUCUGCUCAGCGAUCCCAUCAUCCUCCCCUACCCAUCUAAUGACCAUGUCUUCAUCAUCAUGAGCAGCGUGUUCAUCGUAGUGGGAUCGCUGACUUUGGUCAUAGCAGGCGCCUGUUGGGUCAGAUUGCAGAAAGGCAUGCGUCUAAGUGAGAAGGUGGACUACCCUGGAUAUGGACUCAUGAGAGCCCAAACCUUUGACGAUUUGCCUGGGGACAAGAAGUUGGCCCACAGUGCCCAAAUGUACCACUACCAGCACCAGAAGCAGCAGAUGCUCUCUCUCGAGAAACACAGGGAUGAGCCAAAAGUUCCUGACUCAGGAGCAUCAACGGAUGAGGAGAACGAGGACGGAGAUUUCACAGUGUAUGAGUGUCCUGGAUUGGCACCUACAGGGGAAAUGGAGGUGAAGAACCCACUGUUUGAUGACUCCACCCUUUACUUUCAGAAGUUUCACAAGUAAACCUGGACAUUGAGAUGCUUCACGCUCCGAAUGCAGCACUUGUGUGUACAUGUAGUUGAAUUUACACACAUACACACACUCCACAUACACUCCUUAACGGACAGGAUGGAGAGUAUAAAGUACCUGGAGGAGGAAGAAGAUGAGGAGUGAGGUGCUCAUGGACAUUUAAGUGACGCCUCAGGCUUUUUUCUUGUUUGAAGGAGGACUGAAAAAUUGGGACCAAUUUCUGUUGUUCUUCAGCCACAUUAUGCUCCUUUUUAUAACAUUACUCUUUUUUUUUCCCUACUUUUGUUCACAAAAUUCCAGUCAGCCAAUAUCUAAGAUCUCUGACUUCUGUCAGGUAGCAGAUGCAUAUUGAUUAUAACAUUACAAGUACAAAGAAUUUUUUUUUAUGCCACUGAGGAACGACGAAGUAUUUCUAUCAGUUCAUUGAUAGAUGUUCAUGAAUAUGUUUGUUCAUCAGUAAAUACUCCUUAAUUCAUUGAGUUCUCAGUGCAGACUUUGGUUUCAUUUAAUGAUUUUUUUUAAAUGUGAUUUUAAUAUUCCCUGAACACGCCUUUAAGCAGCAUUGUGAUCUUUAGGAGUAUGUUAUGUAGCCAUUGUGUUCUCAGUCUAGUUCCUCUAUGCAUGAAUUGAUGAUGCUGUGUUAUGAAAUCUGAGAGUCAAUAUGCAUUUACAGUUCUUCAAGUUUCUUGUGCAAACUUGCUACUGACAAUAUAUAUGCAUAUAUAUAUAUAUAUAUAUAUAUAUAUAUACACACAUACACAC